GUGUCCGGGGCUCCCCUCGCUGAUGCCUCGGCCAGGGUCCCGGUCUCCCCGCUGCAGCCGCCGUUCCUCGACCCGAUGGCGUAUGCGGCCGGUCUCGGCCUGGGCAGCCCCGGCUUCGCCGACGGCUUCGGCGCGGGCGUGUACUGCCCGGGGGCGCCGCUGCUGCCCGCGGGCUCCCCUCCCCCCGGUGGGAAAGGGAUGCCUCUCCCAGCGGCCCAGUACCAGUACCAUGGUUAUCUGUUGGAGACAGCGCGCGGCGCCGAGAGAUAG